UUGGUUGUUGUAGCGAACUUAGUCGGAAUAUAUUUGUCUGCUUCAUUGCGCUUGAAUAUUUAUCGAUCGUCAUGGCUAACUCUAGCAGUAUUUUAGAUCGGGUUCUCUCUGACUUAAAAAAAAGUGAUGAUGUUGCUUUGCUUAAGACCUUUGAGGAAUUAUGUGGUAUAUAUAAUUCUUCUCGUUUCUUAAUGCCUGAAGAGCAUUUUCCUUUAAUUGGACGAUCUUUGUAUCGUGAUGUAAAUGCUGAGACAGUCUAUUUGCCUCAUCAUGUGAAGGCCGACAAUACGAAGCCAUCGGUUGCUCUAAGAUCUGAACCAUCUGGAAAUUGUCUAUACAGCUCUGCUUCUCUGGCCUUGGUUGGAAGCAAUGCUCUCAUUCACACUUUGAGAGCUAUGGUAUCUAUAGAGCUUUUUAUAUAUGCAAAUUAUUAUUGUUAUCAUCCAAUAUUCACUUCCACCUUAGAGAAGCAUGGUGACAAGGUCUCUGUUAGUGCAAAAAAUGUUUUGGCUAUGUCCUGUUGUUUUGAAAGUGUGGAUUCACGUUUAUCAGGGCUUGAUCUUGUUAAAAUGGAAGCUCUUUGCAACUGUAGAGAUAAAAUUUGGGGUAGUUUUUGUGUAUACUUGCUCUCUCCUCAGUUACUAAUAGAAUCAUUUCUUUGAUGUAUCCUGAUUGUGGAGAAGUUUCUUUUAAGUUGUUAUUCAACCAAAUUAUUUCACCUCGUCUUCCUUUACCAACACCACCUACUCAAUAUAACUAUUUAUACCUCUUGUUUUGUUCUACAACUCUAUUGACUUCUAGUAAAGUCUUUAAGCCAAAUCACUUUGCACCUCUUAUUUUCAAACCUAUCAGUAAAACUAAAAGAAAGGCUUCUGCUUUGUUAGAAAAAGCUAACAAGAAAAUUCCUCAUGUUCAGGCAAAGUUGAAAGGAGAGUCUUCUACUGUUAACAUUUCUAAUUUUUUUCAACCAGUUUCAACCCCAGCAAGUAAUAAGGCUAAAAAAUUUAUUUUGCCCAAAUUAUUUAGUACUACACAAACACAAUCAACACAAUCAAACACAAUUAAUACAUAACCCAAAACAAGAACUUUUGCAAUCAUUUUCAUUAGAUUUUUCACAGCAAUAUCCAAAUGAUGUGAGAUAUUUUAGAGAAAAAGCUAGAAAUAUGAAUGAUUCUCAAAAGCUCCAGCUCAUUCACAAUGUUUUUAAACCGAAUAGAUCCUACCCAUUUCCUAAAUCAGCUGAUGGUCGAUCUUUUCUUUAUUCGUGGCUGGAAGAUUAUUCUUGGUUGUGUUACUCCCCUUCUUUGGAUGGUGCUUUUUGUCUGCCUUGUGUUUUGUUUGGUGAUCAGUUUC